UAUAUAUAUAUAUAUAGCAGGUGUGAGCUUAAAACAAUAAAUCUUUAAGGUAGUAAGAACAUUAAAAGGGUGCACGUUACAGGAGUCGUUCAGUUUGUCGUCCACUAGAUGGCGCCGCUGUUUCGGCAGGUUGAAAGGACGGGCGUCUCAUUUUUAUUUUAUUUUUUUUGGGUCAUUUGCAUUCUGCGGCAGAUGUUUGCAUCACAAUGGUCACUAUUUUCAUCUAAACGGACCCACGAGUCGGCCUCACUCCGGACUCUGAUGGGAGCAGCUCCCUCUGUUGAUCCGAUGAGUCGAUUAGAACAAGCCCCGCAAAUAGUUUACACAAAAUAAUUGGUUAAAUAGAUUUAGUCAUCCAGCAGUGGAGGGAUUUCAGGGAAAUAGGGCAUAGGCUAGUCGUCAAGACCUGCUAAACUACAUUUGUGGUUUAAUCAGGCACUUAACUCAAGACUGAGACCUAGUUUUGCGAGACUUUUUCGGAGCUUCUUAGAUGCAGGCGAGUUUGUUUCUCGGACUAAAUGCAUUUGGAGAAACGUACGGCUCCUCUUGCAGUGAAUGGGUGCCAUCGAAAUGUUAACGUCUCGUGAACGGAAAAGCUGUGUGUUUGUAAGAAACAAAUCCAACAUUUUUUUUUAUUUUAGUGCAUUGCCGUAACUGUUUUGCACUAUUGAUCUGUGCACAUUUCUCCCCUGAUUCUUUUCACACGAGAAAGCAAAAUUAUCGAUAGACGACCUGCAUAAGCAACAGUUUAAUGUUAAAACAUAUAUAUUUCUUUUUUAAAUGAACGUGCCUCUUUUUCGCUUCACAAGGUGAUUCGUGUUUUUAUCUCUUGUUCUGGCGGCACCCAUUCGCUGCAGAGGAUCCAUUCACGAGGAAACAUUUUUCCAAAUCUGUUCUGAUGAGAGAAAACAAACGCGGCUGGGUUUCGGAGCACAUUACUACGACCAGCCUCGCACCAAAUAAUGACCGAUUUAAGCAGCGAGGGAAUAUCUGAAGUGGAGUUUCCAGGGUUAAAAAAAACCAAGAAGUCAUGGGAUUUUUCCUAGAAUGGCUAGCUCUAGUUUGAAGACGUAGCAGCCACAUGCAAAAACCUUCUUUUUGCAUAUCAGUAGUGAAAAUGGGAAAAAAAAAGCUGUUUGCAUAAGACAAGCCCGAUUCCAUUAACUAGACCACACCCCCAGACUACUUGAUUAAUAUUCAUGAGUCCUACAGGCGCAACUUAGAAAACAAGAAAUUGCUCCACAAAAAAAGUCUAUAUUAUUAUAUUUAGCUAUAAUAACACAUUUGUGUUUGACGGGCUAAUAUAAAUUAGGCGGAGGCUAUUUGCGUGAAGUGCAAAUAACGAUAGAGGCUAUUUACACCGCGUGCAAAUAACAUCUUCUGCUGUUUAUACUACUUACUGCAAGCGGCAAUCUGCACCAUUAUAAAACAGAAUGCAGCUUAUUAAGUGUAAAUGUUACUUUUGAUUCAAAUGAUAAAAUAGACGACGCCCUCAUUGGGAAGAUAAAGCCCUCCCUAAACAUUAAUCUACCCGAUGCAUUAUUCUCAACUUUUUAUUGUCUUUGAAAAUGAAUGCUUUUCUGGUGCGAUCCGAUCAAAACAAGACCGCCACGCGUUUUACAAUAACGCGGGCUGUCUGCGCUUGGCGUAAAGAGGCGCUGCCUGUAAAGCGUGCCCUUUUUUCGUUAAACGUUUCAGUUCUGACUCUUGCGUCUGUUCAUAUAACGUUCAGCUGUAAUGUCGCGAUUCGCCAAACGCGCCAAACAGACGCUGCUGAUAUUAGAAUGAAAUCAAAAUAAAUAAACGCCACGGGGGCAACGCUGAGUGAAAACCCGACCCAAAUAAUAUUCCGAGUUGUUAGCGGGAAGGAUCGAUGCUGUUCAGUCGCUGAAUGGGCAAAGUCUUGCGGUGUUCGCACAUGCUCAGUGAGUCUCCCGUUGUCAGUCGGCAGUCACUCCUCUGGUGUCGGCGGAGCGCGGACACAGGGACGCGGGAGGGAUGUCGUCGCGGCUGUCCUUCUCUCAGUACCGCUUAGAGGCGGAGGUGGAGCGCUGCCGCGCGGACUGUCAGUGGGACAGGAUACCGGUCCUGCUCGAGCAGCUCGCUGCCGCGCGCCUGCAUGACGACGAUGAUUACAGGACGCUGCUGCUGGCAGAAGCUCUGCUGGAGGAAUGUCUGCUGGAGAACACGACCUCGCUGAAGAACUCGACGUUUCUGACCGAACACUCACAGCCCAAACUAGCCCGAGCAAAAGCUCACCUCGACAGCAUCUUGAGCAGAGGACGCCUGGAGCCUCACUACCUGAAUGAAGCUCUGCUGCUGCUGGCUAAAGUGCACUACGUCCAGGGCCGCUACAGGGACGCCCAGGGCAUGUGUGCCAGAGCAGGUGUGGAUGAUUUCUCCCGCCACGAGAAGCCCGUCUACCAACUGCGCAUGCUGGCAGAGGCCUUCGUCAUCAAAGGUUUGUCUCUGGACCACCAGUCUAUGUCAGGUGCUUCCCGUGUUAGACUGUGCGAGCGAGAGGAAGAGUGCCUGUCCUGUUACCUCAUGGCUUGUGACGCUGGCCUGCUGUACCUGCAAGAGCUCGACAAGAUUGUUUGCACGCCAAGCUCCAAAACCGCUAAAAGCGGUUCAUCGGUCCCAAAUUUUGACUUGGACCCAGGCUUCUUCCUGCAGGCAGCUCUUCAGAGUGCAUACCUGUCGCUGCUGAGAAAAGGUCACUUGGCUCAGGGAACUCAGCAGCUGCGGCGGGUCAUGAGGGCUGUGGAGAGUCGGGGCUCUCAGAGUUUUCGUAAGACAGUGGCGCGCAGACUUGCCGAAGUGCUGCUGGGCUCAGUGUGUGAAGAAGCAUACUGGGGUCCGCUGUCUCCUCCACCACCCGGCUGGCUGAAGAGGGAAGGAGCCACACACCCCAAAAACGCCAUCUACCCCUCGUCGGGACCGCCACAGCGCUACAACACCGAAGGAGCUUUCUGUCCACAGGACGUGGUUGAAGAGGCGGUGCUGGUGCUCCUCAUCACAGAAUCAAUGGCCAGUGGCGAGGUGGUGAUCAGCCGAACACCCGAGCAUCAGGAGGCGAGGGAGAGCAGCAUGCAGGACGCCUCCUCCGUCUACGACCUGCUGAGCAUCGCCAUGGCCAGGAGGGGGCAGUACUCCAUGCUGUCUGAGUGUUUGGAGCGGGCCAUGAAGUUAUCCUAUAAUGAGUUUCAUCUUUGGUACCAGCUCGGCUUGUCUUUGAUGGCAAGUGGGAAGAACGAGGGUGCAGUGUCAGUGCUUAAAGAGUGUGUGGCAAUGAAACCCCAGGACCCCAUCCCACCUCUGCUUGCAGCUAAAGUGUGUAUCAACCAGCUGCACUGGCUGGAGGAUGCAGUGUCCCUCUCAGCGGGGGUGGUUGCUUUAGGAGAGGGUGCUGGAGAGUCCCUUCCUCGAGCUCAUCUGGCCAUCGGACUGUGCCGUAGCCUGCAGGCCUCUGACGCUACGCUGAAAGCCGAUCGCGAUGAGUUCAACAGAAGAGCGCUGCAGUCACUACGGAAAGCGCAUGCACUGGACCCCGGGGACCCUCGGAUCUCCUUCUACCUCUCUCUGCAGCUCGCUCUGGUUCGACAGGUGUCGGAGGCGAUGGAGCCGCUGCAGUCGGCUCUGAAUAUCUGUGGGGAUGAUCUGCACUCUCUGCAUCUGCUGACUCUACUGCUCAGCGCCCAGAAACACUACCAACAUGCCCUCGAUACGCUUAAACUUGCCAUUAACCAGCACCCGGACAACUUCAAUCUUCUCUUUACCAAAGUGAAGCUGGAGGAGGCUUUGUUCGGAUCCGCUGCAGCGUUACAGACCUGUGCAGAAAUGCUGCAGCUGUGGCAGAGUCGCUAUGAUUUGACCCGUCUCAGCGAGGAGGACGACGCUAGCAGCGUGCCUCCUGAUCCCGGACCGCUCAGCAAGAAACCCAGCGGCCUCCAUCUCACGCUCCCAGACUUCCAGGAGACGGAGACAGGGUCCCAGAGCGCCCCGUCUCUAGCGGUGUCCCGUCUGGAGCAGGCCAUGUCGGAGGUGUCAGCCAUUAGCUCCGCCCACAGGCACGGCCCCGCCUACAUUUGGACCACACUGGAACGCAUCUGGCUGCAAGCAGGAGAGUUGUUCAUGGCUGACGGGAGGAUGAAGGAAGCUCAGUUCUGCGUGCAGGAGGCAGGGUCUCUCUUCCCCGCCUCACACUCGGUGCUGCUGCUCAAGGGCCGCGUGGCUGAGCUCAGGGCCAACGACGCGGAGGCCAAGGGCCUGUACGACGAAGCUCUCGCCAUCAACCCCAGAGGACACCACAUACUGCUGCACCUGGGGAAGUUGUUGGUGCGCACCGGCCGCGUGGGUCUCGGGGAGAAGAUGCUGAGAGAUGCGAUACAGGUGGAGAACACGGCGCACGAGGCCUGGAGCGGUCUAGGGGAGGCGCUGCAGAGCAGAGGCAGCUCACAGGCUCCAGACUGCUUCCUCACUGCGCUGGAGCUGGAGUCCAGCUGCCCUAUACGACCCUUCACCAUCAUCCCGCGAGAGCUCUGACACGUCUCUGAACGAAUGGAGCGGUACACCCCAAUGUAAGGGAACUGUGUAGUCAAAUAUCGGAAAAACAUGGGGGGCGCUGUCAAUAGAUUUGAUCAACCGGUUAUCUCGUUCAAAUCAAGCAGCUCUGGGAAUUCGCACGACCGACUGGAAUUUGAGCUGAAACUGGGUAGGGAACUUAGAGUAUUUAAAUCAAUCGUCAUUUAAAUCAAACAUGAUUUACUAAGGUUUGCGGUAGUGAAUUCGCGCAAUAAUUUUCUGCCCCCAAAAAGCAUGGAUGCACUGCAGAGUUUUUUUUUUUUUGCAAUGGCAGAGGAUUAGCAUCAGCUCCACUUGUCCUCUACUUGAUCUCUUCCUGCUCUUGGUAGAUUGCGUUAGUCAUUAUGGAAAUAAGAUGUUGUGUCCGUGCUAUUUAUUUAGAAAGCCGUCCGUAAAUCGCUUGCAGAAAUUUUGUUAACCAAAUAGCUCAAAUCUUUUACAUUUACUUCAACCUGAUGAAGAACACUUUAGCCCAGGGUUAUGUGUAGUGUGAAAAGUCAUUAUUAUUAUUAUAUAAUACACUGUCGCACCAAAAACAUAAAUGCAACGCGGAAUGAUUGAACACAACACAUUUUCUUUAAACUGCAAUAGUUUCAGCAAAUAUGCUGCAACGUGUUCAGAGUCUUGUUUCUCAGGGACAAAACGGUUGACUUUUUAAAUUCUUUAGUAUUUAUAAAUGUAACGAUAUUCUGUACUGUAUGUUCUUCUCAUAAAAGAGCUAUUUUGCAAUCCCA